CGGCUCCCGUCCGCCGCGCCGAAAAGCGGGCAUGCGGCUGGGUGCCGGGGUCUUCGCCUCUUGCUGUGUGGUGAUUGAGGUGGUCGGUGUGGCCGUAUUCCUCCGGGGCUUCUUCCCGGUGCCGGUCCGAUCUCUGUCCAAGAGAACUCCGGGGGUGGAUCCCCCUGCGCCGGAGCCCGCGGCAGGAGCAAGUUCAAACUGGACCACGUUGCCACCGCCUCUCUUCAGGAAAGUAGUCAUUUUGUUGAUAGAUGCUUUAAGGGAUGAUUUUGUUUUUGGAGCAAAAGGAGCACGUUUCAUGCCCUACACUAACCAUCUUGUAGAAAGAGGCUCAUCGCAUAGUUUUGUAGCUGAAGCAAAACCUCCCACUGUCACUAUGCCUCGAAUCAAGGCUCUGAUGACAGGUAGUAUCCCUGGCUUUAUUGAUAUUGUUAUGAAUCUUAAUUCUCCUGCACUAUUGGAAGACAACUUGAUUUGGCAGGCAAAAGCAGCUGGAAAAAGAAUAAUCUUCUAUGGAGAUGAAACAUGGAUUAAGUUAUUUCCAAAGCAUUUUGUGGAAUAUGAUGGAACAACCUCAUUUUUUGUGUCAGAUUUUACAGAGGUCGACGAUAAUGUUACCAGACAUUUGGAUAAAGUUUUGAAAAGGGAAGACUGGGAUCUAUUAAUACUUCACUACCUAGGAUUGGACCAUAUCGGUCAUUUGACUGGACCAAAUAGUCCAUUGGUUGGACCAAAGCUGAGUGAAAUGGAUAAUAUACUAAAGAAGAUUCACACUUCUCUCCUGGCGAAGGAAAGUGAGGCUUCUUUGGCCAAUUUGCUCAUUCUCUGUGGAGACCACGGGAUGUCUGACACAGGCAGCCACGGAGGCUCGUCAGCAGAAGAAGUACAAACACCGUUGGUUUUUAUCAGCUCUGACUUUGAGAGUAAAAGCCAUAACAAGCAUCACAAGCUUGUACAGCAGACUGAUUUGGCUGCAACACUAGCAGUAGGUCUUGGUUUGCCAAUUUCAAGAAAUAGUGUGGGCAAUCUAAUACUUCCAAUUAUGGAAAGGAAGACGAUAAGAGAACAGCUCAGAGUCUUGCAUUUAAAUGCAGUUCAGCUGAGCAAACUUCUUCAAGAGAAUGUGCCUUCGUACGAGAAAGACCUUGGAUUUGAGCAAUUUAAAAUAGCAGAAAAAUCUCAUGGAAAUUGGAUCAAACUUUACUUGGAAGGAAAUAAUUCAGAAGUCCUUUUAAACCUCGGCAGGAAGGUCCUUAAGCAAUAUAUAGAUGCUCUGCGGACCUUAAGUUCAUCACUAAGCAAGCAAGUAGCACAGUAUGACAUGUACUCGAUGCUGGUUGGAACUGUCAUUGUCUUGGAGGUUCUCCUGCUGCUUUUGCUCAGCAUUCCCAAAGCACUGUGCAGUAGGGCCGAAUUUGAGGUCCCACUGUCAUCUCCGUUAUUUUCUCUGUUGUUCUAUUUGUUGUUCCUGGUGCUUUCUGCCAUUCACGUCAUCGUUUGCACGUCAGAUGAGAGUUUGUGCUAUUUCUGCAGUAUAUCGUGGCUGAUGGCAGUUGGAGUGAUGAUGCUGAUUUCUGCCCUUUUCUGCGGAAUUUUAUCUGCCCUUGGAAAGGCAUUUAUGACCGUCAAACUUCCAAGUAAGAAUCCAGCUGCCUCCAGUUCCAGCUGGUCGGAAUUAGAUCUGCUUAUUUUGAUAGGAACUAUUGGCCAUGUUUUGAGUUUGGGUGCAAGCAGCUUUAUAGAAGAAGAACAUCAAACCUGGUAUUUUCUCGUCAAUACACUUUGUCUAGUUCUAUGUCAAGAAAUCUGUAGAAACUACUUUCUUGGAAAAGAAACUGAUCUUCAGCUUCACUCGGCUGGGAAGUUAGGUUCUGGAGAAUCUGAGGAGCUGUACAAGAGUGACUGGACCGACAAACUAGAGAAUGAUCAAAAAAAGGACAGGGCGUCUGGCGACCUACUCAAAGGCUCUGAAAAAUGGAUGGGAUUGGCAAGUCCUUGGAUCAUUCUCAUUUGCUGCCGAUUACUCCGUUCAUUAAAUCAGACAGGAGUUCAGUGGGCUCAUCGGCUAGACUUUGGACACUGGCUGACCAGUUCGGACCACAAAACAGCACUUUCUUUUCUGGCGGCCAUCUCCCUCGUUAUGAUCUUUAUUUUGGUUCAGAGAAGAUGCUCUCUGGUUUCCAAAAUAGCGAUGGCACUUGGGCUCUUGGGCAUCUAUAGCUACCGGGCAGCCAUUGGAAAUGUGGUAUUUCCAUGGCAACAAGACAGCAAGAAUAUUUCAAAGGGUAUUAUCGAAGCCCGUUUUGUUUACGUCUUCGUCCUUGGCAUUCUCUUCACGGGGACCAAAGCUUUACUUCAAUCCCAAGUAAUUCCGAGGGACUUCAACAUCAAGAGUAUAGGCUUGUGGGAAAUUUAUUGUGGAUUAGUUCUUUUGGCAUCGUUGCUAUUUAGACCUCACAAUCUCCCAGUUUUGGUAUUUUGCCUAUUGAUUCAAACCCUGAUGACUAAGUUCAUCUGGAAGCUUCUGCAGCUCAGCACAGCUCAGAUUACUAUCAUGCACUAUUGGUUUGGCCAAGCAUUCUUCUAUUUUCAGGGUAAUUCAAAUAACAUCGCCACAGUGGAUAUUUCAGCAGGCUUUGUUGGCUUAAACAGCUAUAUAGAAAUGCCAGCAAUUUUCCUGACAGGGUUUGCUACGUAUGCUGGACCUGUGCUCUGGGCCGUUCACUUGCUGUGUUACUUGAGCUCUGAAAUUAAGAGGAGCUCAGCGAUGAGUCAUGGUUGCUUCUGCUAUGCCCUGAUUUGUUCCAUUCCAGUCUCGGCCUAUAUCAUUUUGGUGACGACCCUACGCUACCAUUUGUUUAUAUGGAGUGUUUUCUCUCCAAAACUUCUUUAUGAGGGAAUGCACCUAUUCAUUACCGCGGCUGUUUGUCUGUUUUUCACAGCCAUGGAUCAAAGCCAGUUGCACAAAAUCCAGGACUAAGAGAGGAAACCAUUCUUACAGGCAGAAAUCUUGGUCCGUGUUGAUUACUGACUGGAUUUGAUCAGUGGGGGGUCAUUUUAAACGUAGACAUGAUCAUUCUAGAAAAGUAGCAUGAAUGAUCUUCGGUUGGUGAAUUCUAUGGGUAGUGACAACUCUUCUAUUCCCUUUAACUCUUGCAUUGGAAUUGAGAUAAUGCUCCCUUGCAUAAUUAGUCUAUUUUUUACAAGGGUUUGGUUCAUUAUGAAAUGUGAAAUUUGUGUACGUAUGGUGGUUAUUUUUCUUUCACGAUGGCCCUGGACACUACUGAAUUAAAGCAUCUUCGAUCCAGCUUUAUGUUAUAUCUUGGUAAAGAAAAGCCUUGAACUCUUCCACCCAAACUGGUGAAGUGUGGUAUUUCUUAAACUGGUAUAUAUGGGGGAUGGCCUUCCAAGCGUACUGUGUGGUUUGCUCCACUGGGGAUUUUUUCCUGUUCUGUACAGUAUUGGUGAUCUACAAUAACUUGUAAUAAAGAGCUAAAACAUUA